UUCCGGGGUCAAACUCCGUCUCUCAUUCUCUUUCUCCCUCUUUCUCUCUUUUUUCUUUUGAUUGUUACUAUCACCUCCAAUUCUUUUGCAAUGGAGGAAUUCUCCACGAAUUCCAUGGAAAAUCUCGAGAAUUCCCCGGUAGACCACGGUUGGCAGGAAGUCGUUUACCCCAAACGCCAGCGCAAACCCAAACACGAGAAUUCUCACCCCCCUGGCGGCGAGCCUCUCCACCAAAACGGCGCCAGCGAUAACGUCUUCCGAUCGGUGGAGCAGCACGCCGAGGAGCGGCGAAGACGCGCUGUAGAGGCUCAGAAGGCGGCGACCGCCGCAGCGGCAGCAGCCGCGGCUGAGAUUGUCGUGAAGCGACCCGGAGGAAGCGCGAGCUCCGACGACGGUGAUGACAGCGAGGUGGACAAUUCUCUCCCCAACGGGAUCGUUGAUGAGAAGCCCAAGCAGAAGAAGCCGAGGGUCACCAUCCCCGAGGCUGCCUCCAAGAUCGAUUCCGGUGAUCUCUCGGCGUUCCUUGCGGAAGUCUCGGGUUUAUAUGAAAAUGCACCGGAUAUUCAGCUCGUAAGAUUCGCGGAUUACUAUGCGAGGGCGUUCUCCGGCAUUAGCGCAUCUCAAUUCCCGUGGACAAAGAUGUUCAAGGAAUCCCUCGUCUCGAAGAUCGUGGAUGUACCUGUUAGUUACAUUUCUGAGGAUGUAUAUGUGACAUCUGUUGACUGGAUAGGCCAAAGACCUGUAGAGGCUCUUGGUGAAUUUAUGUUAUGGGCAUUGGACAGUAUCUUUGUGGAUCUUGCCGCCCAUCAAGGCAGUGCAAAGAGUUCAAAAAAGUCCAUUCCGCAGAAGCCAUCAUCUAAAGGACAGGUGGCCAUUUUUCUCGUCCUGGCCAUGGUGGUAAGGCGAAGACCAGAAGCAUUGUUGGGUCUUGUGCAGACGCUGAAAACUAACCCAAAAUAUCAAGGGCAAGAGAAAAUUCCUGUUUUGGUAUGGGUUAUUGCACAGGCAUCUCAAGGUGACCUGGCCUUGGGGAUGUCUUUGUUGGUUCAAAUUUUAAUGCCUAUGGCUUCAAGCAAAUCAAGCAAUCCCCAAUCGAGAGACCUGAUCUUGCAGUUGUUGGAGAGAAUCUUGUCAAGCCCUAAAGCAAGGCCUGUUUUACUGAAUGGUGCCGUGAGAAAAGGAGAGCGCCUGGUACCACCCUCUGCAUUUGAUUUAUUGAUCCAUGCUACAUUCCCUAUCCCUUCAGCUAGAAUUAAGGCAAGUGAAAGGUUUCAAGCUGUAUAUCCUUUCCUGAAGGAGCUGGCGCUUGCAGGUUCCCCUGGAAGCAGAGCUGUGAAACAAGUGGCACAGCAACUACUUCCAAUCACAUUCUCAGCAAUUAGUAAAAACAACCCAGAGCUGUCAGGGGAAGCUGCAGAAAUAUUUAUUUGGUGUCUCACUCAGAGUUCUGAAUGCUAUAAGCAAUGGGAAAAUGCACACGUUAAAAAUAUUGAUGCCAGUGUUGUUGUUCUAACAAAAAUUUCUGAAGAAUGGAAGCAAUACUCAACAAAACUCAGGCCCUUUGAUAAUCUUAGGCGGACCCUCAAGACUCUGAGACUGAAGAAUGAGCAAACCGUGAAUGGUGGGGAAACAGAUGCAGAUUGCCUAGCAUCCAUUAGACUCACGGACAAGCUUUGCAAGGCACUACUUGCAAAGGUGGCCAGCCGUGGAAGUUGUGCGAAGGCUAGUAUACUAAUCAUUACUGUUGGAGUUACGAUCUAUGCUGUUGCUUCCACAAAUUUAGAUUCAUGGGACUGGAAGAAGCUUCCGCUUUUGUUUGGUACCCCUCAAGGUUUGUGAAUUUUAUUAAAGCAGCUGGCAGUGGAACAUCUUAAAGAUGUGUCUGGUAGCAUGCUUCAUGCAGGCGCAGGCGAUCAACUAAUCCCUUCCUCAAGUUUGUCCUGCUAUCCUUGUGAAAGUCUUGGAGAAGUCCAAAGUUUAAGAGAGCCAUCCUUCCUUCGCGUAAACUAGGAUCAACUGUGACCAAAAUCAUAGUUGCCAAUGGAAUUGUCUUUCCUUUUUCUUUUUAGCUUUUGUUUGGCUGCAUUAUGUGAGGUCGAGCCGGGGGGUGAAAAUUUUGGUUCCCUUAAGACUGAUGUGCAGUUUCUUUUUUCUUUCUGUAAUUUAAGAGUUUCUGGAAAGAAAUCGGAUGUUUGCAUGUUGUGUAGUUGAGAAAUGUUUUCGCACAAGAAAACUAAUGCAUCAUGAUAGUUACUGAAAAAAAUUCCCUGUACAUUUGUUUCA